UCCCCGCGUGGGAACGCUUCCGCUCCCACCGGCGGCGGCGGCGGAGCUGCGAGCGCGGGCCCGAGGGAAGCUCUGGGUUCUCCUUCCCUUCUCCAUCUCAUCCGCUCCCGGUCCCGUUGGUCGCUGCUUCGGGCAUCAGCAGAGACUGGGGAAGAGCCCCUGGGUUGAGGAGAGCCCUUCUGCCUCCAGCUGCUACGGUUUGGCGUUCAGGGGAGGCAGGCAGCACCGCUGAGAUGUUCGCCCUCUGCCCCCCCGACGCCCCGUUCCCGGGGGGCCCCGCGUUAGGCACAGCCUUUUCGGGGGCCGUGCAACACGGCCCCGACGCCAACUGCAACUUCGCGGGGGACGAUGCAUGCGACAGCAACCAGAACUGGAGCCGGGCGGCCGGGGGGGGCGAAAACACGGCAAAUCCCUCCGAUAAUCUGCUGCUGUUAGCGCAGAGACAGAUGGCUCAGGGCGGGCGGGGGGACGUCGCCCUGAGCGCAGCGUGUGCCCCCCAGCAGGGCGAGCGCAGCCCCCCUGAGGGAGCGGAGGUCGGGGAGGGGGAGGCGGGCGGAUCCCCGGCGGAGGACGUGGGCUAUGCCAGCAGCUCGCUCAGCAUCGACAGCCCCGACAGCGCCUGCGGCAACGCCUGGGAUCCCAAUGGGGACCCCCCCGAGGCGGCCGAGCCCCCCCCGGAGCCCCUAUUCCCGGCGCUGGCGGAGGCGGUGCAGCAGCUGCAGGAGAAGGAGCGCUUCAAGGAACGGGAGAAGGAGAAGCACCACGUGCAGCUGGUGAUGUACCGGCGCCUGGCCCUGCUGCGCUGGAUCCACGGCCUGCAGCAGAAGGUGCUGGAGCAGCAGGACCGCCUGCAGGAGAGCUUCGACACCAUCCUGGACAACCGCAAGGAGCUGAUCCGCUGCAUGCAGCAGGGAGUCCCCUGCCCCGCUGCUGCCGCUGCCCCCAGCCCCUGAGCUGCAGUCCCUCGUGGGAGCGUUCCGUGCCCAGAGUCCUGCUCUGCUUCCCCGCAGCUCUCCACCCCCGCUGGGGCUGAGCCCUGAGAAUGACAGCGGUGCUGGUGCACGGGGUCUGUGGCAGCCCCAGCCCCACGCUGGGCAUCGCGGUGCUCACCCCGCAGAGCCCAUCCCAUGAACCACAGCUUUAACGCCUUCCUCCUCCUCCUCCCCCUCGCUGCUCCCACGCCAGCACCCAGCCACGGCAUCGCCCUGCAGCAACCCACAGCUCCCGAUGCUGCGCUGCUGUGCAUCGGGGCACGGUGCCCUGGGUUGUGCCCAGGACUGGGCCCAGCUGUGGCACAGCCCAUGGGAUGUGGCUGCAGCAAACACGAGCUGCACUCACACACCGAGCCCAGAGAGAGAGAGAAUCACUCUGAAAAGUGACCUCAGAACGCUCAGAAAUCCACAUAAACGUCACCGGCCCCAAACGCAACGCGCUUAUUUCGCAGUUCAGUGUUUAGAGAAGAGUUGGUUGAGAUUUAUUUCUAUUUUUGACCGACCAGGUCGUGUAGAUGCACGUCUGCAUGCUGGGGGAGCUGCGUUAGCACCAUGCAUGGCUGCAUUUCUGCUCGCAAAGUUCUGCUCUUUGUAUUAUGUUGUCAUUUUAAAGCAAAGAGACUUAUUAUUAUUAUUAUUAUUAUUUUCUAAUCUCUGUUUUAUCCAGUGGGGACUGCGUAGGAAGAGUGAAGGACGGCCUUCUUAAAUAGAGAUUGAAAAGGAGA